AUGGCGAAAGAGGAAGAUGAGGAGAAGAAAGCUAAGAAAGGAAAAAAGGGUAAGAAGGCCCCGGAGCCUGAGAAACCCAAACGGAGCCUAAAGGGCACAUCUCGGCUGUUCAUGGGCUUCCGAGACCGCACGCCCAAGAUCUCCAAGAAGGGUCAGUUCCGGAGUGCGUCAGCCUUCUUCUGGGGCCUCCACACUGGCCCACAGAAGACCAAACGCAAGAAGAAGGCCCGUACUGUUCUCAAGUCCACAUCCAAGCUCAUGACGCAGAUGCGUGUGGGCAAAAAGAAGCGGGCGAUGAAGGGGAAGAAGCCCUCGUUCAUGGUGAUCCGCUUCCCGGGACGGCGUGGCUACGGCCGCCUGAAGCCUCGUGCCCAGUCGCUUAGCAAGGCGUCCACAGCUAUUAACUGGCUGACCAAGAAGUUCCUCCUCAAGAAGGCCGAGGAGUCGGGCAGCCAGCAGGCCACCGUGGACGCCUGGCUCCAGGGCUCAAGCUCGCGCGUGGGCUCCCGGAAGCUGCCCUUCCCUUCCGGCGCUGAGAUCCUGCGGCACGGAGGCCGGCUCCGCAGGUUCCCCCGCAGCCACAGCAUCUACUCCUCCGGGGAGCCCGUGGGCUUCCUUCCCUUUGAGGACGAGGCCCCGUUCCGGCAUGCACGCUCCCGCAAGUCCCUGUAUGGGCUCGAGGGCUUCCAGGACCUGGGUGAAUACUAUGAUUACCACCGGGAGGGCGACGACUAUUACGACCAGCAGUCGCUGCACCGCUACGAGGAGCAGGAGCCUUCCUGGGCUGGCUUCGGGGCCUACAGCCCAGCCUGGCCACCCUAUGAUGAUUACGGGUACCCAUCCGGAGACCCGUACAGCUACUACCACCCCGACUACUACGACACCCUGUACCCCGGCUACGGCUACGGCUAUGACGAUUUUGAGCCCCCAUAUGCGCCCCCCUCGGGGUAUUCAUCUCCUUACAGCUACCAUGACAGCUUUGAGGAUGAGGCCUACCCAUACAGCUACUACCUGGAUCCCUAUGCCCCUCACCACGUGCCGUACCCACCCUACGACUUUCCGUAUGACACCCCUUAUGAUGUACCCUACUUUGAUCCCUAUGGGGUUCCCUAUGCUGAAGGCGUCUAUGGCGGUGGGGCCGAGGCCAUCUACCCCCCCGGGGUGCCCUAUGUAUAUCCAGAAGAGCCAGCUCUCAUGUACCCCUGGGUGCCCCCACCCAUAUUGUCACCCCACAACCCGUAUGCCCACCCCAUGGAUGACAUUGCGGAGCUGGAGGAGCCUGAGGAAGUGGGGGGAGAACGGCAGAGCACCUCCUUCCGCCUGCCCAGUGCCUCCUUUUUCGAGCAGCAAGGCAUGGACAAGCCGGCCAGAUCCAAGCUGUCCCUCAUCCGGAAGUUCCGCCUCUUCCCGAGGCCUCAGGUGAAGCUGUUCGGGAAGGAGAAGCUGGAGGUGCCCCUGCCACCCUCCCUCGACAUUCCUCUGCCUCUAGGGGAUGCAGAGGGAGAGGAGGAAGAGGAGGAGAUGCCUCCAGUGCCCGCCAUUCCUUAUACCCACCCUUACUGGAGCUUCCUCACGCCACGCCAGCGAAACCUGCAGCGGGCCCUGUCAGCCUUCCGUGCCCGCCAAGGCCUAGGCUUUGGGCCUGACUUUGGCCACCCAACACCACGGCCAGCCACCUCACUGGCACGGUUCCUAAAAAAGACACUGUCAGAAAAGAAGCCCAUUCCACGACUCAGGAGCAGCCAGAAGGCCCGAGGGGGGCGGCCCCAAGUCAGGGAGGCAGCCUAUAAACGCUUUGGCUACAAGCUGGCCGGCAUGGACCCCGAUCGGCCCAACACGCCCAUCGUGCUGAGGCGCAGUCAGCCUCAGGCUCGCAACAACAACAACUCCCACGGCCCGCCCUCACCCAGGCUGGCACCACGAACCCUUACCCACUGGAGCGCGCUCAUCUCCCCUCCAGUGCCGGGGCCUUCUUCCAGCUCCGGGUCACCACGGGCCCCGCCCUUCUCGCCCAACCUGUCCAGGCCUCCAAGGCUGGCUUCCCCCUACAGCUCACCCUACGGCUCCCUCCGCCGACAUCCGCCACCUUGGGCUGCCCCAGCUCAUGUGCCCUUUACACCCCAAGCAAAUUGGUGGGGCUUUGCUGAGCCCCCUCGAACCAGCCCUGAGGUUGCCCCUGACCUUCUGGCCUUUCCUGUACCCCAGCCCUCAUUCAGGGCCUCCCGAAGUCGGGGGCCAGCUUUUGGCUUCCCUAGAGCUUCCCUGAUAGGGUCAAGGAGAAGGCCCCAUCUGCCCUCACCCCAGCACUCUCUUAGGAGCCUGCCAGGCCAGGGUUACCAUUCGCCACUGGGGCCCUUGUCGCCUCAGUUAUCCCAGCGAAGGGGCCCCUUCCAGCCACCCUUCCCACCCCCUCCUCGCAGGCCUCACUCGCUUCGGGAGACUUUCCCCCCUCGUCGAGCCUCCAGGCGCCUGGGCCCACACUACUCACCAGUGCUAGGUUCUCCACGACCACCCUCACCGCCUCCACCCCUGAGCCACGGCCCACGGCACCGGUCCCUCAACCUGCCCUCCCGCCUUCCACGGACCUGGCGGCGCCUCAGCGAACCACCGACCCGGGCUGUGAAGCCCUGGGUACAUAGGGCCUACCACCCACCACCCAGUACUGGGCCCUGGGGCCCAACCACGGGGUCGUUGGAGCAGCAAGAGAACCAGCGUGAACUGGACGACUCCGAGACACCCUGGACAGUGCCCCCACUGGCCCCCAGCUGGGAUGUGGAAAUGCCUCCUACACAGCGCCCACCUUCUCCGUGGCCAGACGGUGUAGGCAGCCUUAGAGGCUUCCCCAGGCCCCCUCCAGUGCCUGAAAACCCGUUGCUGGAGCACGUGAGCCCUGCACAUGAACCACAGCCUGAGGACCAGGCCUCCAAUUUAACUGGUAUCUUCCUGGGCCAACACCACGAACCAGGGCCUGGGCAUCUCACUGAGUCAGCCAGCCCCAGCUUGGAGAAUCCUGAAGAAGUGGUCACCCCAGGGGACCCUCCGCCACCAGCUGAGCCUGAGACCCUGAACCCAGAACCUCCCAAGGAAAAUGAGGGCUCAGAGGGGAAGGCUUUACGAGCCAGUGCCUCAUACCCACUGGUCACAUGUAAGCAGACAAGGGCUACGUGGCCACCAUGGCGCCGCUGGAAGACACUGUCUAGGGCCCCAGCUCCCUUGGGCCCCACCAGAGCCCCAGGGUCUUUGCUCAAGGCUGGUGAGCAGCCUAAGGCUGCACCAGGGCGGUUUGCCAUCGUCAUGCCUCAGGUGCGAGGGCUGAGCUCGUUCCAGCAAAAAAAGCCCGCUCCUCUGCAGCCUCCGGAGCGUCCAGACCAAGACCUAGAGCAUGGCCCAGGGCCCCAAACCUGUAGUCUACGCUGGCCCCACCUUUGCCCCCCAGCAGAUGCCCACUGCCCCUGGCCACGAGUUCAUACCCACUCUUUUCAGUCCCAUCUCCUGGGCUGUGGAGGUGACUACCUGUCCCACAAGGGCCCCUGGAAAAAGAUUGGCUCCCAAAGCUUCCAGAACAAGAUGCACUCCAUCCGCAACCUGCCCUCCGUGCGGUCCCGCCAGCAGCGCAGGGAAGACGGUGUGGAGGACAUGACCCAGCUGGAAGACCUCCAAGAGACCACUGUGCUAUCCAACCUAAAGACCAGAUUUGAACGAAACCUCAUCUAUACCUAUAUCGGCAGCAUUCUGGUGUCGGUGAACCCAUACCAAAUGUUUUCCAUCUAUGGGCCAGAGCAGGUGCAGCAGUACAGUGGGCGUGCCCUGGGAGAGAAUCCCCCGCACCUCUUUGCAAUUGCUAAUCUCGCCUUCGCCAAAAUGCUUGAUGCCAAACAGAACCAGUGUGUCAUCAUCAGUGGGGAGAGUGGCUCUGGAAAGACUGAAGCCACGAAGCUGAUUCUCCGCUGCCUGGCUGCCAUGAACCAGAGACGGGACGUCAUGCAGCAGAUAAAGAUCCUGGAGGCAACCCCUCUCCUGGAGGCCUUUGGUAAUGCCAAAACCGUCAGGAAUGACAACUCCAGCCGCUUUGGGAAGUUUGUGGAAAUCUUUCUAGAAGGGGGUGUGAUCUCUGGUGCCAUAACCUCUCAGUACCUGCUGGAGAAGUCACGGAUCGUGUUCCAGGCCAAAAACGAGAGAAAUUAUCAUAUUUUCUAUGAGCUGCUGGCCGGGCUCCCCGCCCAACUGAGGCAGGCCUUCAGCCUGCAGGAAGCUGAGACCUACUACUACCUGAACCAGGGUGGGAACUGUGAGAUCGCUGGUAAGAGUGACGCGGAUGAUUUCCGACGCCUGCUGGCUGCCAUGGAGGUGCUGGGCUUCACCAGUGAGGACCAGGACAGCAUCUUCCGCAUCCUGGCCUCCAUCUUACACCUGGGCAAUGUCUAUUUUGAGAAACAUGAGACUGAUGCCCAGGAGGUGGCCUCGGUGGUGAGUGCCCGGGAGAUCCAGGCCGUGGCAGAGCUACUUCAGGUUUCUCCUGAGGGCCUGCAGAAAGCCAUUACCUUCAAAGUGACCGAGACAAUUCGGGAGAAGAUCUUUACACCCCUGACAGUGGAGAGUGCUGUGGAUGCCAGGGAUGCCAUUGCCAAGGUCUUGUAUGCACUGCUGUUUGGCUGGCUCAUCACCAGGGUCAACGCCCUCGUGUCCCCAAAACAAGACACACUGUCCAUCGCCAUCCUGGACAUAUAUGGCUUCGAGGACCUGAGCUUCAACAGCUUUGAACAACUGUGCAUCAACUACGCCAACGAGAACCUUCAGUACCUGUUCAACAAGAUUGUCUUCCAGGAGGAACAGGAGGAGUACAUCCGAGAGCAGAUGGACUGGAGAGAGAUCGCCUUUGCUGACAACCAGCCCUGCAUCAACCUCAUCUCCCUGAAGCCCUACGGCAUCCUGCGCAUCCUGGAUGACCAGUGCUGCUUCCCACAGGCCACAGACCACACAUUCCUCCAGAAGUGCCACUACCACCACGGCGCCAACCCGCUCUACUCCAAACCCAAGAUGCCGCUGCCGGAGUUUACCAUCAAACACUAUGCAGGCAAGGUCACCUACCAGGUGCACAAGUUCCUAGACAAGAACCAUGACCAAGUGCGUCAAGACGUGCUGGACUUGUUUGUCCACAGCCGCACGAGGGUGGUGGCACACCUCUUCUCCACCCAUGCUGCACAGACCGCCCCUCCGCGCCUGGGCAAGAGCAGCUCCAUUACCAGACUCUACAAGGCUCACACUGUGGCAGCCAAGUUCCAGCAGUCACUCCUGGACCUGGUGGAAAAAAUGGAGAGGUGUAACCCCUUGUUCGUGCGUUGCCUGAAACCCAACCAUAAGAAGGAGCCAGGACUCUUUGAGCCAGAUGUGAUGAUGGCACAGUUACGCUAUUCAGGGGUUCUGGAGACUGUGAGGAUCCGCAAGGAAGGCUUCCCAGUGCGGCUCCCCUUCCAGGUGUUUAUCGACAGGUACCGUUGCCUGGUGGCCCUCAAGCUCAGCGUGCCAGCAGAUGGGGAGAUGUGCGUGUCCUUGCUGAGCAGACUAUGCACAGUCACUCCAGACAUGUACCGUGUUGGGGUCAGCAAGCUCUUCCUCAAGGAGCACCUGCACCAGCUACUGGAGAGCAUGCGGGAGCGAGUCCAGAACCGAGCUGCCCUCACCCUGCAGCGCUACCUGCGAGGCUUCUUCAUCCAACGGCGCUUCCGCUCCCUGCGGCGGAAGAUCAUCCUGCUGCAGAGCAGAGCCCGGGGCUUCCUAGCCAGACAACGCUACCAGCAGAUGAGGCAGAGUGUGGUGAAGUUCCGUUCCCUGGUGCACACCUACGUGAACCGCCGCCGCUACCUCAAGCUGAGGGCAGAGCGGAGGCGCCAGGCACAGGAGGCAUGGCUACGUGAGCAGGAGGAGCUGAGCAAGCGUGAAGUGGUGCCGGUGAGACACCUGGAGGUGCCAGCUGAGGUGGCUGGGCUCCUGCAAGCAGCAGCAGGCCUCAAGCUGUCGAGUGUGGCUCGCGUGGCCGUGGUCCGGACUCCUAGGCUCCAGGCUGAGCCCUGUGUCACACUUCCCCUUGACAUCAACAACUAUCCCAUGGCCAAGUUUAUCCGGUGCCAUUUCAAGGAACCCUCCUUUGGGAUGCUGACAGUGCCCCUGAAGAUGCCUCUCACUCGGCUGCCUGUGGAGCACCAUGCGGAAGCCAUACGUGUCUUUAAGCUGAUCCUGCGUUUCAUGGGAGACCCCCACCUACACGGCACCCAGGAGACGAUCUUGGGGAACUACAUUGUGCACCGGGGGCUGGUGGAGCCAGAUCUUCGGGAUGAGAUCCUAGCCCAGCUGGCCAACCAGGUGUGGCGUAAUCACAACGCCUACAAUGCCAGACGUGGCUGGCUGCUGCUGGCCGCCUGCCUGAGUGGCUUCGCGCCUUCCUCGCACCUUGACAAGUUCCUUCUCAAGUUUGUGUCUGAUUAUGGGCAGAAUGGCUUCCAGGCUGUGUGCCAGCAUCGUCUCCUGCAAGCUAUGGGCUCGGGGGCUGCCCGCACCUUUCCCCCGACACAGCUCGAGUGGAUUGCCAUUCAGGAGAAGGCCAGUAUGGCUCUAGAUGUGAGCUGCUUCAAUGGUGACCAGUUCUCCUGUCCGGUGCACGCCUGGAGUACGGGAGAAGCAGUGGCUGGAGACAUUCUAAAGCACAGGGGGAUAGCUGACGGUUGGAGGGGCUGGACAGUGGCCAUGAAGAAUGGAGUCCAGUGGGCAGAGCUGGCUGGGCAUGACUAUGUGCUGGACCUGGUGUCAGACCUGGAACUGCUCAGGGACUUCCCUCGGCAGAAAUCCUACUUCAUUGUGGGUGCAGACGGGCCUUUGGCUGGCAGGGGAGAGAACAGGGGGGUGUUUGGGAACUGCUGGGAUUCAGAUGAGGACACACCCACAAGACCCCAGCCCCAGGACCAUGUGCCCAAAAUGCCUGCCUUUGAUGAAUACUGCAGCCACAAGGAGGACACUGCAACCAGGGACACUGAGGCCCAGAGAUGGACAGCGACCCACCAAGCUGUGGACAGCACUGGAGAGCCCGCGGUGCCCCCCCGGGAGCUGGAUGGCUACUUGGACAGCCUCUUCGACCCUGUGCUGGCCUGUGGGGAUGCGGACCUGGAGAAGCCGACAGCCGUCGCCUACCGCAUGAAAGGUGGGGGCCAGCCGGAUGGAAGUAGCAGCAGCGCUUCUGAAGACACCCCCCGGAGACCCCCAGAGCCGAAGAUCAAGCCCAUCCCAGGCUUGGACACUUCCACACUGGCUCUGCAGCAAGCCUUCAUCCACAGGCAGGCUGUGCUAUUGAGACCCCUAGCGCCAGAGGCACGGCCAAAGUGUGUAGGCAUCGGCCCCCCAGCCAAGCCUGUGCUCGUGCGCCCCACUCCACAGUCGCUGUCCCCAGCCUCUGUGGCAAAGGCUCCAAAGACCCCUAGCAAGCCCGUGGCUGCCCCAAUCCUAGCUCAGGACUGGGCUCCUCCAGAAUCUGCCUCAGCCUCCCCGGAGUUGGUCCGGUAUUCCACACUCAACUCAGAGCACUUCCCACAGCCCACACAGCAGAUCAGAAGUAUCAUCAAGCAGUACAAGCAGCCACCCUGGGCAGGACGCCCUGAGACCCGCAGAAUGGAUGGUGGCAAGGUGUUCAGGAGGCCCCCUGACCCCCAUGAGGAGGCUCUAAUGAUCCUGAAGGGACAGAAGGCUCAUCUGGCAGUGGUGCCUGGCACUCAGGUGUCCAGAGAAGCUGUGGCCCUGGUGAAGCCGGUGACCAGUGCUCCAAGGCCAUGCAUGGGGCCCGCUCCAGUGCAGCCUUCAAGGUCCCUGGAGCCUCCAGAGGAGCCUGUGCAGACACAGCUGCACCGCCUAGCCAACCCCAACUUCUAUGGCUACCAGGACGCCCCGUGGCGGAUCUUCCUGCGCAAAGAGGUGUUUUACCCUAAGGACAGCUACAAUCACCCCGUGCAGCUAGACCUCCUGUUCCGGCAGAUCCUGCAUGACACGAUGUCCGAGGCCUGCCUCCGCAUAUCCGAGGAUGAGCGGCUCCAGAUGAAGGCCCUGUUUGCCCAGAAUCAGCUGGACACUCAGCGACCUCUGGUAACAGAAAGUGUGAAACGGGCUGCAAUCAGCAUGGCCCGAGACAGCUGGGAGAUCUACUUCUCCCGCCUCUUCCCAGCGAUGGGCAGUGUGGGCACUGGUGUGCAGAUCCUAGCUGUAUCCCACACGGGCAUCAAGCUCCUGAGGAUGGUCCAAGGCAGCAGGGAGGCCAGCAGACAGCUUCGGGUCCUGUGCGCAUACAGUUUUGCAGACAUCCUAUUUGUGACCAUGCCGUCACAGAACAUGCUAGAGUUCAACCUGGCCAAUGAGAAGCUCAUCCUCUUCUCAGCCCGAGCUCAGCAGGUCAAGACCCUUGUAGACAACUUCAUUCUGGAGCUGAAGAAGGAUUCUGACUACGUGGUGGCGGUGAGGAACUUCCUGUCUGAAGACCCAGAGCUGCUGUCCUUCCACAAGGGUGACAUCAUCCACCUGCAGCCCCUGGAGCCACCUAGAGUGGGCUGCAGCGCUGGUUGUGUAGUCCGCAAGAAACUGGUGUACCUGGAGGAGCUGCGGCGGAGAGGCCCUGAUUUUGGCUGGCGGUUCGGGGCCGUCCACGGGCGCGUGGGCCGCUUUCCUUCAGAGCUGGUGCAGCCCGCCGCUGCGCCAGACUUCCUGCAGCUCCCGGCCGAGCCGGGUCGGGGCCGGGCUGCCGCGGUGGCCGCCGCCGUGGCCUCUGCAGCAGCCGCACGGGAGGUGGGGCGCCGGAGAGAGGGUCCCCCAGUCAGGGCGCGAUCCGCAGACAGCGGAGAGGACACCGUGGCGCUCCCACCGAGCACAAUGCUCGAAUUUGCCCAGAAGUAUUUCCGCGACCCUCGGAGGCGUCCCCGGGAUGGCCUCAAGCUGAAGUCUAAGGAGGACCGGGAGUCCAAAACUCUGGAGGACAUGCUUUGCUUCACUAAGGCCCCGAUCCAGGAAUCCCUCAUUGAACUCAGUGACAGCAAUCUCAACAAGAUGGCGGUUGACAUGUUCCUAGCUGUGAUGAGGUUCAUGGGAGAUGCCCCACUGAAGGGCCAGAGUGAACUGGAUGUCCUCUGCACCCUCCUGAAGUUUUGUGGGGACCACGAGGUUAUGCGAGACGAAUGCUACUGCCAGAUUGUGAAACAGAUCACAGACAAUACCAGCUCCAAGCAGGACAGCUGUCAGCGAGGCUGGAGGCUGUUGUAUAUCAUGGCUGCCUACUACAGUUGCUCCGAGGUCUUCUACCCAUACCUCAGUCGCUUCCUCCAACAUGUGAGCUGGACCCCAGGUCUGCCCUUCCAAGGGAUUGCCAAGGCCUGUGAACAGAACCUGCAGAAGACCUUGCGUUUUGGAGGCCGUCUGGAGUUCCCCAGCAAUAUGGAGCUUCGCGCUAUGUUGGCAGGCCGCAGUUCCAAGAGACAGCUCUUUCUUCUUCCAGGAGGCCUUGAACGCCACCUGAAAAUCAAAACGUGCACUGUGGCCCGGGAUGUGAUAGAGGGGCUCUGUACCGAGAUGGCCCUGACACGUCCUGAAGCCUUCGACGAGUAUGUCAUUUUUGUUGUCACCAACCGAGGCCAGCACGUGUGUCCACUGAGCUGCAGGGCCUACAUCCUGGAUGUGGCCUCUGAAAUGGAGCAGGUGGAUGGCGGCUACACGCUCUGGUUCCGGCGGGUGCUGUGGGAUCAGCCGCUGAAGUUUGAGAAUGAGCUGUACGUGACCAUGCACUACAAUCAGGUUCUGCCCGACUACCUGAAGGGCCUCUUCAGCAGUGUGCCGGCCAGCCAGCCCAGUGAGCAACAACUGCAGCAGGUGUCCAAGCUGGCUUCACUGCAGCACCGCGCCAAGGACCACUUCUACCUGCCCAGUGUGCGUGAAGUGCAGGAGUACAUCCCAGCCCAGCUCUACCACACCACAGCCAGUGACACCUGGCUCAACCUGGUUAGCCAACACCGGCAGCAGACUCAGGCGCUCAGCCCCCACCAGGCCCGUGCUCAGUUCCUGGGCCUCCUCAGCGCCUUCCCCUUGUUCGGCUCCUCCUUCUUCUUCAUCCAGAGCUGCAGCAACAUCACAGUACCAGCUCCUUGUAUCCUCGCUGUCAACCAUAAUGGCCUUAACUUCCUCAGCACCAAGACCCAUGAGCUAAUUGUGAAGAUUCCCCUGAAGGAGAUCCAGUCCACGUGGACUCAGCAGCCCACAGCCAAUUCCAGCUACCCGUACGUGGAGAUCUCGCUGGGCGACGUGGCAGCGCGGCGUACCAUGCAGCUCCAGCUGGAGCAGGGUCUGGAGCUGUGCCGUGUGGUGGCUGUGCACGUGGAGACCAUGCUCAGUGCCCGGGAGGAGCGGCUCGCACUGCCCCCCAGUGAGGUCACCCUGCUCUGACAUGGCCUACCUUCUCCACGCUUCCUGCCAGAAGAUUUGCUCCAUGGCCUGAGGGGGGUUGCUGGGCCUCUCUGGACCAGUGACCAGUGACCCAAGAGCCAGAACCUUGGAGGAAACCAAGAGGAAAAAAACCUCAAGAACCCAAGAGGAGCUGGGAUGGAAUCACGAAUGCAGCCAAGGGCUCCUUGGCAGAAGUAAUUUUUGAAAGCUGGACCACAGAGCCUCCAGAAAGCAGACCCUGCCUGGACAGCUGCCCUUGACACGGAAUCCCCACACCAGUAGUCUAGAUUUAUUGGAGCCUGCCUCUAGUUUUGGGGGCUUGAUAUUCAGAUCUGCUCCAGCUUCACACCCCAGCAUUCUAACCCUUGGUCAUUUCUCUGCAAACAAGAGGUAUUCCUGAUAGCUGUGUCCUCCGUGGAGCUGCUCAGAGGCUGGAAAGCAAGCCUGAGGAGGAGGUAGAGACACAGUUGUACCAGAUUCAUCCUAUGAAUAGCAUUUCAGGCAGACACAUCUGCCCUUACCCCUCCCUAAGGACCCUUGACACCGACUCCUACAAUCUUUUGGUAGCCCCAAUCCCAGCUUCAGUCACAGGAUAAACCACCCAAGGCACAACAGUGGGGCAGUAGAGAGAGAAGAUCCAUCUCAGGGGGUGGGGGCUGGAGAGGCUGAGAAAAAGCUUCCCAAAGAUUGGUACAUUAUGGUUGAUUUCUGAAGAAUGAGAAAAGUUUACUAAGAAUAGGUGGAAAGAGAGGGUUAGAAUAGACAUUCUAGAGGAAACCACAGUUUCCUGCUGGAUUUGCAGAUGAAGGGUCUAGCCUAAAAAGAUGGCUAAUGCAGAAUAAGCCCUUUAAAAACACUUGCCAUAUAAGUGAAAGAAUAAAUGAAGAAACACUAGGAAUGAUGGUAUACACCUGUAAUCUCAGCCCUCAAGAAGGAUUGCUUCAAGUUCAAAGCCAUCCUGGGCUACAUAGCAAUACCCUGUCUCGGGGGGAAAAAGAUACUGGGGAGAUAACUCAGCAGUUAAGAGCAUUGGCUGCUCUUCUAAGGGACCUGGGUUCAAUUCCUAGCACCCACAUUGCAGCUCACAACCAUUUGUAACUCCAGUUCCAUGAGAUAUGUUGUCCAUUGGUACCAGGCACACAGAAGAUGCAGACAUAUGUGCAGGCUAAUUACCUAUAUACAUAAAAAAUAAAACUAAAAAAAUAAAAUGAAUGACUGUG